UUUAUUUCUGAUUUACUUCUUUUUGUUUAUUCUGUUCAUUAUUGGUGUUCAACUUCUCAAAAUCUCUCUUCUCACGAUCUGAACUCAAUUCCGAACUCUCCAAAAGGUUCAGCAUUCGUUGGGAUUUCUGGUAUCAAUGGCAAACAGAGCUCAGAUCCGGACAAGCAGUUCAGCGCUCAUAGCCAUGAUCGCUGAUGAGGACACUAUCACUGGGUUUUUGCUAGCUGGAGUUGGUAAUGUUGAUCUAAGGAGGAAAACAAAUUACCUCAUUGUGGACUCAAAAACAACGGUGAAACAGAUUGAAGAUGCAUUCAAAGAAUUCACAACAAGAGAAGACAUAGCAAUAGUGUUGAUCAGCCAAUAUGUUGCAAAUAUGGUAAGGUUUUUGGUAGACAGCUAUAACAAACCAAUCCCAGCAAUCCUGGAGAUUCCUUCCAAGGAUCAUCCGUAUGACCCUGCACACGACUCUGUUCUUUCAAGAGUGAAGUACCUCUUCUCUACCGAAUCAGUGGCAUCUGGAAGGCGUUAAAAUAUUGCCUAAAUUAUUUGUUCGCACUAUUAUCUUAAUUGUUGAGAUGACACUACCUGUGUGUGUAUUUCUGAGUGCUAUUACUUUGCCCUUUUAGUUAUUUAUGACAAGUUUUCACAUGAAUCUUUGCUUUUGGGCAUUUCAAGGACACAAGAUAAUCUUGAGCUUACAUAAUUGGGAGACAAGUGAUGGCAUGUUUAUCCGUUAGCAAGUGUAAUAAUUAUCCCCCAACAUUCUUUUAUGCAGCUUGCAAAUAGACGAUGAUUUUUUUCUCA